AUAUCUGCUCAAAGCGUAGAUGACGGCGAUUUAUGCACAAAAGCCUACGAAAUUUGUACUCCAUUCCUCACCCCGAGGCUCGCUCGCCCUCGGUUGAUGAACGAGGGCUUGUUUCGACCUUUUAGGUACUGCUACAGAACAUGGAAAGAUGGCGCAGUGGCUUUUCGACAUGAGCUUAUUCAGACCUCAAAAGACUGGGAGGCACUCGGGUUUUCUGGCUCGUGCCCAUUUUCCUUGCCGUUCGCAGAAGAGACAGAUUUGCAUCAGAAGGAAUACAGACGUUUUGAAGCGGCCCAGAACCUGAAGCGUGAUUUGUCAAACUUGCUUGACUGUGCAUCUGAUGGAUGGGUUCCCCCAGAGGGCUGGGAAGCGGCAAAAGCAGAAAAUAGGGCAAUGUUCCAGGGAAUGUUGCAAGCCGUUCUGGAAAACAAAGAUCCAGAUGACGAUGAACCAAUUAGGAACGAAGGAGAUCUACGCGAUAUCUGGCCCUUUGACUUGCUAGAGGAAGACUAG